CACAAAGUGGAAACGUGAUCACAUGUCUCCGCUCAACUACGCCGAGAAGUUGUGCUUCGUCACCGACAUCGUUGAUACCACUACGCACCUGAAGGAAGCUGCGUCACAUGGGGAGAAGCGAAUUGGUCGCGUCGAUCCUGCCGACUUUCUCAAGAAACCCUCCAUCGUCAUUUCCGACCUCGACACGGAUGCGCUCGGAAUUUCUUCAUUCGACGAAUGGGUUCGAAAAUGGAACCGAAGCCUUUCGUCCAAGGUUGAUAUUGUCGGCACGCUGAGUGCGCUUGUAUGGACGUUGCAGAUCUACCAAGUGUUUCUGCGAUGGAACGAAACCCGCACAGACAUCCAAGGAUUUGCAUUGCUCCACGACCCAGUGCUUCACCAACUCACCCCCGUUGAUUAUUCCUUGCCCCUCUUCUUCCUCGUGUACGGUUCGGUCAUCCUUGCGCUGGUUGUGUACGGUCGAAACAAACCGGACUUUGUGAUGGAACUCCUGCAAGCAAAAACGUGUGUGAUAUACAUGCGCAUGAUGGCGCUGUACUUGGUCCCGCUAGAAGCGCCGAUGGACACGAUUCCGUUGAUUGAUCCCAUCGCUGGCAGCGAUGGCAUUGUGCUCAUGCGAGAUUUGUUCUUCUCAGGACACACCGCCACGACCUUUCUUGUGUUUCUCACUUGUCGGCGCCACGAUACCGCAUGGAAGGGUCUGUUUUUCGUCAUGGCGGCCACCACCGCCAUCAUGGUCACCCUGCAGAAGACCCAUUAUGCGAUCGAUGUGUUUGCAGCUCCGUUCUUUGUCUACACAUGCCAUGGUUUGGUCUUCGAAGUGAGAAGUGCGUGUCGCGCCUUGCACAUCGCGGGGAACCUUCGUCGGACGGCAGCGCUGCAGUAGUCAGACGUUUUAUUUUAUCAUUACCUAUCGCCAUAUCUUACCUCCAUGCUCAAUAUGCCCUCGUUCACUCUUGCAUCUUGCUUCCAUGUGCAUUGUACUGUACGUUUAAAAGGGGGUAACUGAAGUGCA